GGAAUGAGUACGGUAGCUCCCCCCUCAGGCGGGCGUGGUGCGCAGGACGGCAGGUGCAAGUGAGAUGUCCAGCGGUUCCCCCUUGAAUCCUCGUUGGCUGUCGAUAUCUUAGUAUAGAACGAGUCGGGGAUGGACGCCCAUUCAGUAUUGGAUCCGUCGGAUGAGUUGCUGCGGCAUGAGCUGAUGGAAACCAAUGCGGCCAACGAGGGCGGACGAGUAGAGGAGGAGGACGAUGCCGAUGAGGGGUCAGGCCCUGCUGGCGAGAGGCAUGACUACCGGCCGCCCGCCAGGAGGGGAGGCAAGGGCGUAGACGAGGAAGAUCUUGGGUACGUCAUCUCGCGGGUGGCGGCAUCGUCGUCCGGGUACGCUGAUGAUACACAGGACAGGACGUGACACUCGAGCCACACUGGUCUGUCUGCGUGUGUGUGUGUGUGUGUGUUGUUUGCAGUGUUGAGACUGCGACGAUUCGUAAGUGCACGAGGAAUUCCAAGACGCCGUCACUCGACGCCAGCCCAGCGUACGACCCAGGUGCGAAUUCAGCCACCCACGCACGCACAGAUCGCAUGAAUGAUCCACAUCCCACGUGUAUCUAUCUACCUGUGUGGUGUGUGUCGGGCAUCCAUUCAUCCAUCUGCUCUGCUCUGCUGCUUGCAGGUGGUUUCAGCGACGGUUCGGACUGCUGGAGCGUGGUAGUAACUGAUCUGAUGAAUCGCCUGCAGGAGAAGCGGUACAGCUGUGCCGUGCACGGAUCCAUCGGCGCAUACCAGCUCGCCUACCUCGCCUCACAGCAGACCAUACUCACAAACCCUACACAGGAGGUACGUACUGCCACCCCACCCCCAGUCAUCCAUAUAUCCUCCCACAGCGCACAGGCAGAUGGAUGGAUUCAGUCAGCAUCAUGUCAUGCGUUCGUUUAUCCAUGCACCUACCGCACCCUGCAGGAUAUCGAGAAGGCUGCGCAGUCUGUGUCAGACGACUUAGAUGUUGACGACCACUUUUCGGUUCUCAGGGCAUCGCUCAGCAUGCCAAAGGUGAGCCAAUCGGGGAGCUUUUGGAGGGACGAACGCUGAGUGUACGACACCACGAUGAACCGCUGUGUGCUGUCUUCAUCUCUGUCGUGUGUGCAGAUCAGUGACGUGCACUUCAACCAUAGGAAGAACAGCUGGACAUGCCAGGUGCGGGCGAAUACAAACAUAUCCGGUAGCUUCGGUACGCACACAGACCGGCCGUAUAACACACACGGCUGGCCACAGCCCCACACACACCAAAACCAAUCCCAUGGCUGCCGUGUCUUUGUUCAUUCAGGCUGCACACGCAACUUUGCGCUCAGGCAGUUUGGCUUCCGUACGGCGUGGUUGAGUGCGGUCGAGACGAGGGCGAAGAUGCGUGCUGAGCGGCCGGCCAAGGGACGCACCACCAUGAGCCCCUCACCUUCGCGAGAGGAGACCAUCCAGGACUCGCCCUUCUCACCAUCCGAUUCGUGAAUCAAUGUAUGUCAGCCACACAGCCACACCACACCAUGAGGUGAUAUCAGUAGACAAAGACGGUAGAUCAGAUGGGCGGUACUUGCGCGGCGGUCUUACGUUGAUGGCGUGUUGAGUGCAAGUGAUGCCGGGAGGGAAGGGGUGCCAGGCUGUACAUAGUGGGUGUGUGACAGGGAGCGGUUCAUAUAUUGACGGCAGAAGACCUUGUGUGUACAUACAUAUGUGUAA